GCUCGGCGGGGGCCGCCCGUGCUCCGGGUGUAUGAGGACGCGCUCCUUGUCGAGGAGUGCCUGAGCAGAGGAGCAGUUGCCGUGGUACCUGCUGCUGCUGCUGCUGCUGCUGCUGCUGCUGCUGCGGACGCGGAGCAUCGGACGCGGGCGCUGUUGCGUGAGGCAGGAAGGUGAAGUCAUGACGUCCGUCAGUGAAAAUGUUCUCUUUGGAUUGGGGAAUCCUCUUCUUGACAUCUCUGCUGUGGUGGACAAGGAUUUCCUUGAUAGGUAUUCUCUGAAACCAAAUGACCAAAUCUUGGCUGAAGACAAACACAAGGAACUGUUUGAUGAACUUGUAAAAAAAUUCAACGUCGAGUAUCAUGCUGGUGGCUCUACCCAGAAUUCAAUUAAAGUGGCUCAGUGGAUGAUUCAGCAGCCACACAAAGCAGCAACAUUUUUUGGAUGCAUUGGCGUAGAUAAGUUUGGGGAGAUCCUGAAGACAAAAGCUGCUGAAGCCCACGUGGACGCGCAUUACUACGAGCAGAGUGAACAGCCAACAGGGACUUGCGCUGCGUGCAUCACUGGUGACAACAGGUCCCUUGUAGCUAACCUUGCUGCUGCCAAUUGUUAUAAAAAAGAAAAACAUCUUGAUCUGGAGAAAAACUGGGUGUUGGUAGAAAAAGCAAGAGUUUGUUAUAUAGCAGGCUUUUUUCUUACUGUUUCUCCAGAAUCAGUACUAAAAGUGGCUCGCCAUGCUUCUGAAAACAACAGAAUUUUCACUUUGAAUCUGUCUGCGCCAUUUAUUAGCCAGUUCUACAAGGAACCAUUGAUGAAAGUCAUGCCUUAUGUUGACAUACUUUUUGGAAAUGAGACGGAGGCUGCCACUUUUGCUAGAGAGCAAGGCUUUGAGACUGAAGACAUUAAAGAGAUAGCCAAAAAGGCACAAGCCUUGCCCAAGGUGAACUCGAAGAGGCCGCGAAUUGUGAUCUUCACCCAAGGGAAAGACGACACUAUAAUGGCUACAGAAAGUGACAUCACCUCUUUUGCCGUCUUGGAUCAAGACCAGAAAGAUAUUGUUGACACCAAUGGAGCUGGAGAUGCAUUUGUUGGAGGUUUUCUGUCUCAACUGGUCUCAGACAAGCCCCUGACCGAGUGCAUCCGUGCUGGCCACUAUGCAGCAAGCGUCAUAAUUAAGCGGACUGGCUGUACCUUCCCUGAGAAGCCAGACUUCCACUGAUGGAAAAGCAGGAAACCUAAGCUCAGGGGUACAGACACUGCCUGGAUCGCUUCCUGAGAAUUCCCGUAUUAAUAAAGAAGGAAAUCAUCCGCCACCUCUCCCUCCUAUAAUAAUAAACAUUCGGAAUUUAGAGGAUACAGUAAUGCUCGGUAGAAUCUUUAUUCUCUCAAUAUCCUAAGAACAUGAUGUUUAUUUCCAUAGUUUGAUAGUACCACUUAAAUCUCAAUUCAACGGUAAUAUAAAAUUUCAAUAGAAAUUUUUAUUUUAUUCUCAAUUACUUUGUAAAUUCAUGUGUAUUUAGCAAAUUAUCCAUUUUUUUACAUUUCUGCUUUGAAUGCAGAUGCAAUUUAAUAAUAUAAUAGAUUUUUUAAAAGGAAUUAAUCCUCAUAUCAAACUUUUGCUUUUUAUACAUGUAUGCUUAAUUUAGGAGUGUAUCUGUGUGUAUGUAUACAUAUGUAUGUGUGUAUGUAUACAUAUGUAUGUGUGUAUGAUACAUGUAUCUCACACACAUAUAUAAACUAUAUGCAUAUGUAUGUAUGUAUCACAUGUACACACAAUAAAUGGUUAAAUAAAGUACAGAACAAUUUAUCUUGCCAAGUUAUGCCAGAUAACCUCUUUAAUGCACAUUUAAUAAAUUUUGGAUAAUUAAAUAAUUUGCCAAAUGUUCAGCUAUAUUGCAAUAUUCAAAUCAUAAUCUUAUACUCACUUAUGGUACUCUGUAAUUUGAUACAAAUAAAAAUUAAAACUUGUCCUAUAGGAGUUUUUCAGUCUUUGUCUUGUGCUCAAGAAACUAAGGAAGAAAGAUCAUCAUUUAAUAGUGGGCCCUGCAAUGAGAUUCUAAUUUGCUGAUAGAAAUAGGAUAGAAGAACAGCAUAACACUCUAAAAAAUAACUCAAUAGUCUUAGAGACCUUUAAGUCACUAAAUAUGUGUCUUAAGGAAGACGAAAUGAUAUAACAGAACUUCUGUAAUAGACUUAAUUACCUUUAUGACCUUGGGCAAAUUACUCAGCCUCUUUGAGCCUUAAUUUCCUCAUCUGUAAAAUGGGACAGUAAACCCUAUCUACAAGAUCAUUGCAAUGAUUUGAGAGAGAAUACCCAUUGUAAAGUGUUUGGUACAAUGCUAGUAUAUAGGUGCUUAAUAAGUAGCAUCAGUUCUUAUUAUUACAAUCAUUGUUGCUGAAGAAGAAAAAGGAUAAUAUUUAUAAAACUGAACUUGAACUGUAGAAAAAACCUGGGUUUUUUUUGUUUUGUUUUGUUUUAUAUUUAGGUAAACUUUAAGGUCUCCUAUGCAAGCAUGCUUUUUUUUUUAUUAUUGAACUAUAAUUCACAUAACAUAAAAUUUACCCUUUUAAAGUGUACAAGUCAAUGGUUUUAGCAUAUUCACAGAAUUGUGCAGUAUCACCGUUAUCUAAUUCAAGGACAUUUUCAUCACCCCAUAUAGAAACCCUGUAUACAUUAGCAGUCACUCCCCAUCCACACACUCCACCCCCAGCCCCUGUAAAGUACUAAUUUACGUAUCUGUGAAUUCACCUCUUCUAGAAAUUUCAUAUAAAUGUAAUGAUAUAAUAUGUGCUCUUUUGUUUCAGGCUUCAUUCACUGGACAUAAUGUUUCCAGUGUUCAUCCAUGCUGUAGUGUGUAUCAGUACUUCUUUCUUUUUGUGGAACAGCUUUAUUGAAAUAUAAUUCCAUGUAAUUCACAUAUCAUAAAAUUCACCUUUUUAAAGUAUGCAAUUCAAUGAUUUUUAGUAUAGUCACAAAGACGUAUAAUUAUCACCCUAAAAAAAAAACCUUGUACCUCCCAAUUCUCUUGUCUCCCCAUCCCUUGGCAACUUCUAAUCUGUUUUUUGUCUAUAAAUUUGCUUAUUCUGGACAUUUCAUAUAAAA